AUGACAAGUAUUUCUCCUUUUGUGAUUGACAAAACACUCGAGAGUGUCGCUGGUGCUCCAAAAUCAGUCAAGAAACUGCUGUCAGAGGACUUGCUCGUGGAGGUCGAAAAACCAGCUCACGCACAAAAUCUACUUGCCAUGACAUUAUGUUUUAAUCACCCGUGUAAGUGUAUUGCACACAGUUCUCUGAAUUCCCCAAUAGUGGUCAUUCAUUGUCCCGAUCUUGCUGGGGUAUCGGAGAUGGAAAUUGUGCAAGAACUUACUGCGCAACACAUCACUGCUGCUAGACGCAUCAAAAGAAAAUUAGGCAAGGAAAUCCACACAAACGCUAUCAUUUUUACAUUUGGCAUUCCGUUUCUCCCUUCUUUCAUAAACGUUGGCUAUCUGCGAACAAAAAUUACUACUUACAUUCCAAAUCCUCUUCAAUAUUAUAAUUGUUCUAAGUUUGAGCACAACGAAAAGACCUGUAAUGCUAACCACAUUUGCCCAAAGUGCUCUCUUGAGCAUGACACCUGCAGUCCUUCUUUGUGUUGUGUGAAUUGCAGCGAGCCACAUUCAGCCAAGUCUCGAGACUGCAAGGCAUGGGAGGUCGAAAAGGAGGUUUUACAUGUCAAAUUCACACAAGGCAGAGGAUUUCCUGAAGCUAGACAAAUUGCCAAUGCUAAAUUCAUAUCUUCAUCACUGACAGCGACCUAUUCUUCAUUUACAAAAUCUAACACAAACAAAUCAAUAAAGUGUAUUGAUGCGUCUACGCAAACUGAUUCUGUGUCUGUCCCAGACGUUUUAGAAGAAAAGCCAAAGGUUGCAGCAAAGCCUGCUCAUGCUCAGACACCACUAACUCAAAAGGCAGCUGCUAAACCAACACUGCCACCGGUUGUACAAAAUGUACCAAAAUAUUCAAGUACGCCGUCGUCAAAACAAAAAGUUAUGUCAAAUUCCAAAUUAACGUGA